AUGGCCUACGCAUUGCUUAUACUCAUCGUGGCUCUAGCCAUACCUCACAUCCCUGCGCAAGGGGCUGCGCCACUGCCUAGCGUAGCUAAGGAGUACCUUGAAGGACACAACAAAGCUAGGGCAGAAGUUGGGGUUGGCCCGCUCAAGUGGAGUGAGGAGCUAGCUAAUGCUGCACGCCGACUAGUCCGAUACCAAAAAAACAACAUGGAAUGCGGUAUGGCCAGUUUGACCAACCACAAGUAUCGUGGGAACCAAUUAUUUACAGUAAACAACGAGACCAUGACACCACGCAUGGCCGUUGAUAGAUGGGUGCAAGAGAAGGAACACUAUAUCUACAGUUUCAACGAGUGCAUGUCAUACUUCCGCACGUGCGUGGCUUAUACUCAGGUCGUAUGGAGGAAGUCUUUGGAGUUGGGGUGUGCUCAAGCUAGAUGUUCGGAGUAUGGCACUAGUAUAACUAUAUGUUUCUAUAAUCCUCCUGGAAAUAUUAAGGGGGAGAGGCCGUACUAG